GCCUGCUACCCGGAACUGAAGCCACGUCUCCUGCGCUUUAGGUAGGGUCGGUGCAGCUCUAAGUUCAGUACAGAAGCUGAAGUUAUUCGGUGUCACAGACAGUGCGGUGGACAACGAAACAAAAAUGAAACAUCUCAAUGAAAAACAGCACUUCCCCGAAAUUGAGCAUGUCAUUUGAGCGUGUGUAGGCGGAGCCUGCUCCCCGGAACUGAAGCCACGUCUCCCGCUGUCUGGACAGCGUUGGUGUAGCUCGAAAUUCAAGGGAAGCUGAAGUUCUUCGGACAUGGGUCAGUUCAAGGAGGUUGUGCAGAAAUCUUCUCUUCACCCUAAACCAGUGGGACUGGUUCUUCAGUAUGGGACCGCCGGGUUCCGCACCAAGGCUCAAGACCUCAACCACAUCAUGUUCAGGAUGGGUCUGCUGGCUGUGCUAAGAUCCAGAAAGACCAAAUCCACCAUUGGGAUCAUGGUCACUGCCUCUCACAACCCAGAGGAAGACAAUGGUAUAAAACUAGUGGACCCUUUGGGGGAGAUGCUGGCCCCUGCUUGGGAAGAGUACGCCACGCAGCUUGCUAAUGCAGAAGAACAAGGACUGCUGACUGCCUUAAAAGAUGUCAUUGAAAAAGAAGCCGUGAACAUGCAGCAAGAGGCGUGUGUCGUGGUUGGGAGAGACACCAGGCCCAGCAGUGAGAAACUUUCACAGGCGGUUUUAGAUGGUGUGAUGUCUCUAGGGGGCAAAUACCAUGAUUACGGCCUGGUUACAACGCCACAGCUGCACUUCAUGGUUUGCUGCCGAAACACUCAUGGCCAGUACGGUACGGCCAGUGUGGAAGGAUACUACCAGAAAAUUUCCCAAGCUUUUGUCGAGCUGACAAAGCAGGCCCCAAAUCGCACCGAUGACCACAAGCACCUGAAGGUGGACGGAGCAAAUGGGAUUGGAGCUCUUAAACUCAAGGAGUUGGAGGGGUUCCUGCAAAAAGAGCUGCUGGUGACUCUGUACAAUGAUGGGAGCAGCGGGAAGCUCAACUAUCUUUGCGGGGCGGAUUUUGUCAAAGUCCAUCAGAAGUCUCCAGAAGGUGUUGAGAUGCUGGCAGGUGAGCGCUGCUGCUCUUUCGAUGGAGAUGCUGACAGAAUCAUCUACUAUUAUAAUGACGAUGCUGGCCGCUUCCACCUGCUUGACGGGGAUAAAAUAGCAACGUUGAUGAGCACCUUCCUAAAAGAACUCCUCACAAAGACAGGUUUGGAUCUUCAGAUUGUAGUGGUACAAACCGCUUAUUCAAACGGAAGCUCCACACGAUACCUUGAGGAAACUAUGAAGGUCAAAGUGCAUUGUACCAAAACUGGACUCAAAUACUUACACCACAAGGCUCAGGAGUUUGACAUUGGGGUUUACUUUGAGGCUAAUGGCCAUGGCACUGUUCUGUUCAGUAAAGGAGCAGAAGAGAAGAUCAAGCAGCUGGCACAAAAUGAAAAUGCUGCUAAUGAAAAAAGAAAAGCUGCUAAAAUAUUGGCGAGUACCAUCAAUCUGAUCAACCAGACUGUUGGUGAUGCCAUUUCAGACAUGUUGGUAAUUGAGGCAGUCCUGGCACUGAAAGGCCUGGCAGUUCACCAGUGGGAUGCAAUGUACACAAACCUUCCAAAUAGACAACUCAAAGUAAAGGUGGCAGACAGGAGAGUUAUUAAGACCACAGAUGUAGAGAGGUGUGCAGUAAGCCCGCCAGGGCUGCAGGAAGCAGUCAAUGCUCUAGUGAAGAAGUACAGUCUGUCCAGGGCAUUCGUCCGGCCGUCAGGAACUGAAGAUGUUGUCCGGGUGUACUCCGAAGCAGACACGCAGGACAAUGCUGACACCUUGGCUUAUGAAGUGAGCCUGGCAGUUUACAAGCUAGCUGGAGGAGUUGGCGAGGAGCCUAAGCCCCUGCAGUAACUGGCUGGGCGCACUUCUCGCAUAUACUGUACCAUUAUGGAUUAACUUAGCAAUAAAAGGAUUGAAUGUAUUUUAGGAGAUGGACCAAUAUAUUUGAAAUACUGAUAAGGAAAGACUUCUACUUCAGAAUUCCAUUCUGUGCAGUACUGUACUAUUUUUCUAAUCCAGUACAAAAAAUAAGCAAAAAAUUAUGUGCUUAGGGAAGGUUAUCGAAAUAAGAAUUGUAGUGUGAUUCUCAGAAGGACUGUGCCUAAUCUCAGUAAAUUGCAAUGUGAUACGUGCAAGGUUUUUGUAAUGAUUAUAUAAACCUAGUAUAGUCCGUACAAAUUAACUUAAGAAAUGUAUACAAACCAUGUAUGCUGCUUGUAGUUGUUUUAUGUGGAAGGUGUCUUAUUAUUUCGUGUUUGAGUAACACUGGAUGGGUGACUCAAGAUAAAAGUAAGUAAAAUUAAAAUAAACUAUGAUUUGC